AGGAGGAGGGGGCUGUUGCCCAAUCCUGAUCAUUUUCAGUAAAAGUGAAGCGAGAAGUGCGAAGCCUAGAGAGAAGAGGACUGCCACAGCAGUGAACCUGACACUGUGUUGAAGGAAGGGACACUUUGUCUUUUGUCCAGGCGUCUGUUGUUUUCACCGGUGUCUGUUGUUUCCAGCACAGCCAGCCACCAUGCCCACUGAUGCUCAAAGUGACGCUCGCUCCUUCCUGACAGAGGAGAUGAUUGCAGAGUUCAAGGCCGCCUUCGACAUGUUCGACACCGACGGUGGCGGUGAUAUCAGCACCAAGGAGUUGGGUACCGUGAUGAGGAUGCUGGGUCAGAACCCAUCAAGAGAGGAGUUGGACGCCAUCAUUGAGGAGGUGGAUGAAGAUGGCAGCGGUACCAUCGACUUUGAGGAGUUCCUGGUCAUGAUGGUACAACAGUUAAAGGAGGACCAGACUGGAAAAAGUGAAGAGGAGCUGUCUGAGUGCUUCCGUAUUUUCGACAAGAAUGGAGAUGGUUUCGUCGACCGCGAGGAGUUUGGAUACAUCCUCAAUCUCACCGGAGAGUCGGUCACAGAAGAAGACAUUGACGAGAUGUUUGGAGAAUCUGACACAAACAAAGAUGGAAAGAUUGACUUUGACGAGUUUCUGAAAAUGAUGGAGAACGUCCAGUAAUCAGCCGCCUCUACAUUCCCAUGUUGGGAGAGAAUGUAAAAGCAAAAUUCUGGAAUUAUCUGCGCAUUCACGAAUGUGACGUAGGUCAUGAGGCAUCUAAGUGGACAUGAGUAAAAUGCUUUUUAAACCCCUCCUCGCCUCCCUCCUGUCACCCUCCCCUUCCCAAAUGAAACCUCAGGACUUGGUGGUGAUCUCUAUAAAUACCCUCUUCAAACCAUUUAAGACGAAGCCACUUUCUCCCCUGCCGACUCCUUGCGUGGCCCACCCAGCUGUCCACCGGGCAGCUGCCGUUUCCUUAGAAAUGCUACACCACCCUUCUUCAACCCCAGUGCUCAUCCACCCACCCACUCCCCCUGAACCCACCUCGCCUUCAAAUUGGAUCUGAGCUUUAUAAAUAAAUCAACUCUCUUU